AUGCCUCCACAUGCACAAACAGCAGCAGCAAACGUAAAAGAGCAGAAGCAGCAGCGACAACAGCGGCUUCUGCAGCAGAUGCAGCAGCAGCAGCAGCGGCUAGAGGUCCCGUGCCUCAUAACGGCAACCGCAGAGGGCGGCCCAGAGGAUCAUUCAAACGCAGCAAACAUUGAAUCGGCAAGGAAGCAGCUGCGUGAUCACUGCUGCUCACAGCGCUGCAGCAGGUGCAGCAGCAAGUCAGCAGCAGCAGCGGGAGCAACAGCAACAGCAGCAGCAGCAGCAGCAGCAAUGGGAGAACCAGAGAAUGGAGGUGGCAGCACCUCCUCUGCUGCUCUGCGGCUAGCGCAGGCUCGACAGCGCCUUAGGCAAAUGGCUGCAUGCACACAAUCUCUUCUUGAGCGAUGCAACGACAGCGCAGCAAAGCCCAAGGAGGUGCAGGUAGAGGAGCUGCGAGCUCGUCUUGCUGCUGCUGAUGAAGCGUUUAUGCAAUCGCAGCAGCAGCACGAAGAGAAGGACAAGGAUACUUUAAAGAGGCAGCUGCAGCAACUGCAGCAGCAGCAAAAGAAACAAAAAUGUAAGGCGGAGGAGAAAGAGGAGAAACUACAGCGGCGAUUACACCAAUUAGAAGCAGAAGUUGUUGCUGCUAAGGCAAGUGCAGCAGAAGCAUAUACGACAGCACAAAAGCGCGUCGUACAGCUAAGUUGCGAUCUAGAGGAAGCAGCAUCAAGCAAGGAUUCGCUGCAGCAGCGAGUGCAGAGCUUAGAAGGGUUGCUGCAGCAGCAGCGGGAGCAGCAGCAGCAGCAGCAGCAGCAGCAUCAGGCAGCCACGCAAGCCCUUCAGGAUGAACUCGCUCAACUGCAGCAGCAGCUGCAACGCGAGAAGCAGCAGCACCAGCAGCAGGUGGCAGUCCGAUUGCAGCAACAGCAGCAAAUGUUGGAGAAGCUCAAGCAGCAGCAGCAAGAGACAGAAACGGCACAUCUUCAGGCUUUAAAAUUGGCUGCUGACGACAGCCGCCUUGAGAAGGAGGCGCUGCAGAUGGAGUUGAAUGCAGCAAAGGAGAAGUUUGCUGCUGUUCGCAGCAUCAAGGAAGGAAGUCUGCGGCGCGAGAAGGAGGAGCUGCAGCAGCAGCUGGUAGAAGCAGCAAAGCGGCAGGAGCAGCUGCAGCACCACGAGGAGCUGCAGCAGCAGCAGAAGCAGCAGCAGCAGCAGCUGCUAGAUUGCACAAGAGACCUAAAAGAGACAGAACUGCAGCGCCAAGAUCUCCUUGCCGAGCUCAUGCAGUGGCAGAAGUUGGCUGCAUGUGGGGCGCUGCAGUUUACAAGCAGACAAGCAGAAGCAGAGCUGCAGCAGCUGCAGCACCAGCAGCAGCAGCUACAGCGGGAACUUGCACACCAAAAAGACUCAGCAGCUGCCCUGAAGCUGCAGCUGGAGGAAGCAGAGCUGCAGCAGCAGCAGCAGCAACGGCAAUAUCAGCGUGAGCUCUCUGCAGAGAAAACAGCAAACGAGCUUCUGAAGGUAAAGCUUGCUGGGGCAUUGAAUGCAACAAGCGAGCAGAUUGAGCGUCUGCUGCAGCCCACUGCAGCAGCAGCGGCAGACGGAAGCAACAACAGCAGCAGCAAACAGCUGCAAGAGCAGCUCGCGGAGUCCCAAGAGGAGAUGCAGCGCAUGAAGCAGCUGCUGCAGCAGCAGCAGCAACUGCUGCAGCGCCAGGAGACGGAGCUGGAGAGGCUACAGCAGAAUGAGGGGAGACGCGCGAGUGCUGCACUUGAGAAUGAGCAGCUUGCAAAGGAGAACGCUCGCUUGAAGGCCGAGCUGCAGCGCAAAGCCGCAGAGGCAGCGGAGCUCGAGAAGCGCCAGAGCCAGCUGCUGAAUGAGCUUUCUGAUGUCUCUGUUUGUUUGGGCAGAGAACGCAGCCUCCAAACGCAGCUCCAACGGGCCCUGGAGCGGGUGUCUACGUUGGAAUCGAUGCUGCGUGGGGGGUCAGGGGAAGCUGCGAAUCAGGCCGAAAAAGUGCAGACACUGGAAGCAGAAAUCGACAGGACGAAGCAGAAGAUGGAGCUGCUGCAGCAGCAUUGCGUCCAGCAGAUAGCGUACCGCAUCUUCUGCGAUAUCAUUGCUGUGGUAGGGGAGACAGAUGAAGACGAGACAGUAAUUAUGCAGUGUCUCUACGCUACCCAUGACGGUGUACUUGUCUUCUCACGACAGCAGCAGCAGCAACAGCAGCAGCAAGAGAAGCAGCAUCUAGAGGAGGGACAACAAGGGAAGCAGCAGCAGGAGCAGAAAGAUCAAACUCCCCAGAAGCAGCAGCAGCAGCAGCAGCAGCACGACAGCACACAGGAGGGCGAGAAGUGCACAGAAGCAGCAGCAAAUGCAGCUGCGGGAGGCAUCGUUGCUGCACCAAACUGCAGCGACUCGGCAACAGCAGCAGCAACAUCCGCACCAGGACCAGCGGCAGAAACAACACCAGCAGCAGCACCACCAGCAGCAGCAGCGGCAGAAGCCGACGAUGCCAGCACCUCGCCGCCUUCGUCUGCUGAUGCCACUGCCUCCCCUCGGUCUCUCAGCCCUCAGCAGCCGCACCAACAAGCGCAGCAGCAAGCGCCGCCGCCGCCACCGCCGCCGCCGCCGCAGCAGAAGGAUGAGGCGCUGCUGCGUUUUGCCAAGUCGCGGUACCGCGUCUCGUUUUUGAACUUCUAUGGCGAUUUGCUUCAGAAGGAUCAGCAACUCAGCGGGCGCGCAUUAUCACAGCCUUGGCCUGCAUUUGUUGCAUAUCUUUGUUUGGAGGAAUUGCGUCGACUUUCUUCCUUAUUUGAGGGAAGAACGCCGCGUAAUAUUCACGGCAUGUUGCUUCCUCUGUCUUAA